AUGGUGGGCAGGGGCGGGUCCGGGGCUCCUGGUGUCAGCUCCUUGGCCACACAGCUCUGGGCUACAGGUGCCGACACCUUCCCCGAUCCUGGCGGCUUCUGCGGGGUUCGCAGAGCCCCGGGCAACCACACCCUCCAGACGGCACAGACGGCCCCUUGUCUGUCGGCAGGGAGUCUGGGGCCCUGGCCCGAGCAGGCUGGCCAGCGGUCACUGGCCUGGAAGUGGGGCCAGGAUCGAGUGUCGGCCAGGCAGCUGGAUGGUCCAGGGAAGAAUCCGGUGUCAGCAGAGCCAGUCCCCCGGGAGCCAGCUGAGCUGGGCAGCCCAGGCCAGAGCAGGCCCUGGGGAGCCGGAGCUGCAAACAGGACACCCACAGCCUGGUGGCAGGAGGGACAGGGCGGCGGGCAGAGCAGGGACGCGCCCCGCUCGCUGCUCACAGGCGCCCUCUGGCGGCUUCGGGGAGAACAGGCCGUGGGCGGCACCGGGAGCCGGGGCGGAGGGGGCUGCGGGGUCUGGGGCGGGGAUGCGGGGGAGGGAUGGGGGGUGUCAGGGAGGAUAGUGGGGAAUUGCGGGCCGAGGAACUGUGGGGCCAGCUUAGCUGGGCUGGAGCAGGAGGGAGCGAGAAGCAGCGCUAGAGAACACACUCAGGGCCCCAGCACCGUGACCCUGGGCCGGGCAACAGGACUCUGGCCGCCUGGCACGGACUCCAUCACAACACACAACCCUCGUCACGACCCCACCCCAGCCGCUGAGACGCCCCCGCAGCCCCGACGCCACGGCCCAGCCGCGGCAGUGCAGGGGCGGCUCCAGGCCCGGCGACGCUCCUCUGUGCGUUCCUCGGGGCCGGCGCCUUCCGGUCCCAGGCGAUGCCAGCGCAGCAGGAGCACUGGGGGCGGGACCUUUAAGAGGCACAACGCCGCUGUCAUUCGCCCUAAAUUACGCGCAGACGGACACCCCCUCCCCAGCCGCCGAGUAGGGCCCGAGGGCCACGCCACCUCGUUGUCCGGCAGCGCGUGGCGGCCACAGAAGACGCUGGUACGCGCGGGUGGCGGGAGCCGGGACCCGGACGCUCCUGCUUUAGUGGCUGCAGGAUGCGGCGCCUCCCGGGGCCGAGCCGAGCUGAACCGCCGCAUCCUGCUGGCCGAAGAACUCGUCAUCAAGGACGGCGGCGCGCCCCGACCCCUGACCCUCAGUCCCGGCAGGACCCUGACCCCCGGCCCCAACAGGACCUUGAUCUCAGCCCCCACCCUGACCCUCACCCUGCUGGGCACCCAGCUUACCUGGAUCAGUCUCAGCCUUGGACGCAGGGCGCCCCGAGGCUCCCAAGUCGUCUACCAGUCAGCCAUCCUCACCCCCUCAGCCCAGCUCGGCCAGGGGACUUCAGGGGCCAGCAGGGACGUCGAAGGCCUGAUGGAACAGCUCCUGUCCAGCUCUAGAGCUGACUAUGACCCAUCUUCCAAGCGGAUUCCUCGGGGCGGUCCACCGCAGGAGACCUGCUGCGCGGCCGCCCAAGCUAUCGGGGGAGGCUGCUCCCCAGCGCCCCCGCGCGGCCGCUCCGGGCAGCGAGGGCCGAGACUCCCGCGCCUGGCCGAGCCCGGCGCUAGCCCUGGGCCUGGCUCCGAUUUCCAUUCAAUUGACCUCGACAGUCAGCCCUCUCCCUCCUCCAUCUUCCGAUCUUCAGUCUCUAAAAGUGAAACCUGGAAUCAGCCCAGUUCCUCCGCCCGCGGGUUCUGA